AUGGCGAUCACCACGCUGCCACCAUCGUAUUUCGCUUUAUUCCCCAAAUCCUUCCCCAAAGGAGGACCUCCCGCCGAUGGGUUCUCGAUCAACGAACGAAGUCUCAGAAGAGAGUUCAGAUCCAUUCAAAGCCAAUCCCAUCCUGACAUUGCGGCCAAUGGAGAUAAGGACGUUUCAGCACUCAUCAAUAGAGCAUAUCAAAUCAUAAGGAACCCCUAUUUAAGAGUGGCUCAUUUCAUACAACUAAAUCAUCCCUCCAAAGUCGACAUUACCGAAGACGACAUUGCCAAAAAAUAUAUAGCCGAGGUUCAAGGGACAUCACCUCAAGCAUCCAUUGCCUAUAAGGAGAUGCUAAUGGCAGUAAUGGAAGCGCACGAGUCCUUGGAGUUGGCCAACACGGAAUCUGAUCUUGACCAAUUGAGUGAAGAGAAUAAUGAACGGAUCAAUCAAAGUGAAACCACCAUCAACAAGUUAUUAGCAGCUAAUCCCAUUGAUUGGGACCAUUUGAUAAUGGAAGCCAUUGCCUUGAAGUAUUGGGUCAAUAUUAGUAAUGCCAUCCGUGAUUGGGAGCCAGGGAAAUCUAUUCAUUUAACUCAUUAA